UUACACUGAAUGUCUCGUGAUCAUCUGUUUUUUGUUUGUUGUUGAUUAAUUUUGAUUUUGAUCGCGCUGUCAAAAUAAACCCAUUUCUGGAUCAAAUUAUAUUAUUCGCCUACCGCGUUGUUCUUAAUAACAAGUGAAUAACCUAAUAGCUAGGCCUAUUCUGAUCAUGGUCGUGUAAAGUAAACAGUGCUGUUAGUAGCCUUCAUAAUUCUUAAAUAAAAACAUUACAUACAACUAAAUAAUUAUGUAGGUCUAGCCUGGUUGUUAAAUGAGCAAAAAUUACAUUCCUUGUCUUGUCUCCUCUUUUUAUUCAGCCAAAGAAGGUGAGUAGGGCCUGGACGCAGGAUUUUUGAAAAAUCACUGUCUUAAGCAUAGCCUAAGUGAAGAGAUAACAUUUAAACAUGCUGUCCUACCAUACACGUAGACUUUUGUACGCUUCUCUCAUUCUUCUCAUCAUAUACUCAGUUGUGCAGAUAUUUCGGCCGCCAAAAUUGAUCGAUUUACAAGAUAGAGAAGCCCAGCUAAAGCAAAUGGCCAAAAUGAUUCAAUCUGGAAGUAACAGUAAACUAUGGAGAGGUGGACAGGCUUGUAGACAUCCUAGACUGGAGGUGAACAGUUCAGAGAUCAUGAGGUUCAUUAAACCUCAAGGUCCUCUGCAGUGUGCAGACGAGCCGGACUGGGUGACAAUGGUGGGAGGCAUGGCCAAGAUCACGCAACUGGCUCGCGACAGAUACGGCGAUAUUGAGUGCUCGUUCACAGAUAUCACAAGGACUGAUGAUUUCUACACUAGGACUGGCAUUACAACAACGACACAUACAGAGUUUAAUCUCGAGUCUAGUGAUGUUGUGCGGGUCCGAUGUAUCUCAGAAUCUGGCAAAAAGUGGAACAGUAUUUUGGCUGGUAUCCGCAAUGACCAGGAUGUUAUGGAUCGCUCCGGAUGGCAGUCUCUUGCCCCGGACGCGUUGGGUCUCAACGUGCUCAUGUUCGGUUUUGACUCUCUGUCGCGCAACACGUUCAUCCGCAAGCUGCCUCGUAGCUACGCAUACCUGCACGACCAGUUGGGAGCUACGGUGCUCGAAGGAUACAACAUCGUAGGCGAUGGCACGCCACAGGCACUAAUACCUAUAUUGACAGGAAAGACAGAGUUGGAACUGCCAGAUACUCGCAAGAGGAUGGGAGACAAGGCUUCUUUUGUCAAUGUUUAUCCCUUCAUUUGGAACGACUUUGCUGAAAGCGGAUACGUUACAGCGUACAUGGAAGAUACACCCUCCAAUGGGAUCUGGACGUAUCGACUGAAAGGUUUUGACUCUCAGCCCACCGAUCAUUACAUGAGGACUUUCUUUGUUGAGGCGGAGGGCGACUACAGGAAACACAAACCAUAUUGUAUCGGCUCACUGCCCAGACACAAGAUUAUGAUGGAGUACGCCAAAAACAUGUUUGUGGUGUACAAGGACAGGCCCAAGUUUGUGUUUGGGUUCCACGGAGAGAUUUCCCACGACAACUACAACCUGGUUGGAGCGGCAGACGAGGACUUGCUGGAGUGGCUGCAGUGGUUCAACAACAACGGACAUCUCAACAACACCAUGUUGAUAGUCAUGAGCGACCACGGCCACAGGUUUGCCGAGAUUCGUAACACACAACAGGGCAAGUUGGAGGAGCGACUGCCGUUCUUCUCGUUCGUCUUGCCGCCGUGGAUGUCUCAGACACACCCUCGAGCGGUGGCGAACCUGCGGACCAAUAAACACAGGCUGACCACGCCUUUUGACAUCCACGCAACGUUGGCCAGCCUUCUACACUUCCCUCCAACCUCGACGCAGGGCGAUCUCUCUCACCGCUCUCUCAGUCUGUUCCAAGAGGUUCCGCAAGAAAGGACGUGUGCAGACGCGUUCAUAGAGCCACACUGGUGUGCCUGUCUGGAGUGGGAGAAAGUAGAUCCUCAGAGUCACCUGGUCCACAGGGCUGCCACUACGUUUGUUGACUUUAUCAACCAAUACAACGCGAAACACUCUACUCUGUGUUCACUGCUGAACCUGGAGGCGGUCCUCUGGUCGGCACGGCUGGUGCCAUCUAGAGCUUUGCGCCGGUUUAAAGACGCAGCAGAUCUGGAUGGUUUUGUGCCCAACUUCUCCAGCAACACUCCGGUCACCAUGGAAACCUAUCAGAUCAAACUGAUCACACAACCCGGCAACGCGAUAUUCGAAGCUUCCAUCUCACAUCACCUUAAAGAAGAUACAUUUUCAUUAAGGAUAGAAGACGUAAGUCGUAUAAAUAUGUAUGGCUCUGCUGCUGCUUGCAUAGAGAACACUCAAGAACAAUUACGUAAGUUUUGUCACUGUAAAACCAAAACUUAGACUGAACGAGGUACUUUCAACGCACAUGGUGGGUGAUAACUAAUUGAAGUACAGUCGAUGAUAAGGACAUCGUUGGGUGAUAAUUUGUGAUAUCUAGACUGUUGAAAGGGUUUGUAAUUUGUAUUCUUCUUCAAACAUUAUGUUAUUGUUUUGUUACUGUUUUUGUUGGAGAGGUUUCAGGGUGUUUUUGUUACUUUUUGUUGUAUAAGGCCUAGUUAUAAUUCUGUAAAACACUGUUAUCCUUAGUUGAAUCGUCUUAUGAAUUUAUUAUUCUUACUAAAUGUGUUUUGUAUCGAAUUUCAUAAUAUUUUGUUAUAGUUAGUCAAUAUGAACAGUAUUUACUCAAAUUGAUCAAAACAG